UGGUAAAAGUUAUCGGCCGUUUUGCCAUCCCUAAGAAGACGCAUUUUUUAUCAAUAUUAUUGUAAAAUUUUAAAAACUUGAAUAAAAACUUCAUAUAAGAGGCACUUUUACAAGGGAACUUGAUCAACAAUGUCCAUAGAAAUCGAAUCAGCUGAUGUGAUCCGGCUUAUCCAGCAGUAUUUAAAGGAGUCAAACUUGAUGAAAACCCUGCAAACGUUACAGGAGGAAACGGGUGUUUCCUUAAACACAGUAGACAGCGUAGAUGGCUUUGUGCAGGACAUCUCCAAUGGGCAUUGGGACACCGUGUUGAAAGUGACCCAAUCUCUCAAGUUACCGGAUAAGAAGCUGCUUAAUCUUUACGAACAGAUCGUACUGGAGCUGAUUGAACUGAGGGAAUUGGGUGCAGCCAGGUCCUUGCUUCGUCAAACGGAUCCCAUGAGCAUGUUAAAACAGCAGGAACCAGAGCGAUACAUUCAUUUGGAAAACAUGCUGCAGCGCGCCUAUUUUGAUCCCAGAGAAGCCUACGCGGAGGGCAGCAGCAAAGAGAAACGGAGAACGGCCAUUGCCCAGGAACUGAGUGGCGAGGUGCAUGUGGUGCCCUCCUCCAGGCUAUUGGCCCUUCUCGGACAGGCCUUGAAAUGGCAGCAGCACCAGGGACUGCUCCCGCCCGGCACCACCAUCGAUUUGUUCCGCGGCAAGGCGGCUAUGAAGGACCAGGAAAAGGAAAUGUAUCCCACCCAGUUGUUCAGGCAAAUCAAAUUUGGCCAGAAAUCUCACGUUGAGUGCGCCCAGUUCUCUCCUGAUGGUCAGUACCUGAUCACGGGGAGUGUGGAUGGCUUUGAGGUGUGGAACUUUACCACUGGCAAAGUUAGAAAGGAUCUUAAAUACCAGGCGCAGGAUCAGUUCAUGAUGAUGGAGCAGGCUGUGUUGGCAUUGAACUUCUCUCGCGACUCGGAAAUGGUUGCCUCCGGAGCCCAAGAUGGCCAGAUCAAAGUGUGGCGAAUCAUCACCGGUCAGUGUCUGCGGAAGUUCGAGAAAGCGCACACCAAGGGAAUAACCUGCCUGCAGUUUUCUCGUGAUAACAGUCAGGUGCUUAGUGCAUCCUUUGAUUAUACGGUGCGACUGCAUGGACUGAAGUCCGGAAAGAUGCUAAAAGAAUUCAAGGGCCAUUCAUCCUUUGUGAACGAAGCCACCUUUACGCCGGACGGUCACAGCGUGCUAAGCGCCUCUUCUGACGGCACAGUAAAGGUGUGGUCCCUCAAAACUACCGAGUGCGUGGCCACCUACAAGCCGCUUGGCAAUGAGUUGGCCGUUAACACCGUCCUCAUCCUGCCAAAGAAUCCCGAGCACUUCAUAGUCUGCAAUAGAUCCAACACGGUGGUCAUUAUGAACAUGCAGGGCCAGAUUGUGCGAUCGUUCUCGUCCGGUAAGCGCGAGGGAGGAGCCUUCAUUUCAGCCACUCUUUCGCCUCGAGGCGAGUUCAUCUACUGCGCCGGCGAGGAUCAGGUGCUGUACUGUUUCUCCGUAUCGUCUGGCAAAUUGGAACGUACUCUGAAUGUUCAUGAGAAGGACGUCAUUGGUCUGACCCAUCAUCCGCAUCAGAAUCUGCUUGCUAGCUAUAGUGAGGAUGGCCUGCUGAAGCUGUGGAAGCCCUAGAUCAUAUAAGCAAUUGACUUACACACCUAGUUUUAGUUGGCAGUCUCAGUUGAGCUACCAAAAUAUACCUACUGACCCCAAAGUA